CGUCCCCACCAAGAUGGCCGCGGCGCGCACGGCUCCUGCGGCGGGCUAGAGGCGGAGGCGGAGCCGAGUCACUCCCGCACUUCGGGCUUCGGUUCCCCGCGCCAGGCUGCAGCCUCCUGCCCGCCGCGGCCAUGCGGGGCUCGGUGCACGGAUGAGAGAAGCCGCCGCCCAGCUGGUCCCCCCUCCCGCCUUCGCCGUCACCCCUGCCGCCGCCAUGGAGGAGCCGCCGCCGCCGCCGCCGCCCCCCCCCAAAGAAAAAAACAAACCGUGUCCAAGGGCCAGGCAGGAAUGCUUGUUGGGAGAUUCAACUUGCAAGAGUCCUGAAUCUGAUCCAGAGGACUUUUCUGAUGAAACAAAUGCGGAAAAUCUUUAUGGCACCUCUCCCCCCAGCACACCUCGACAGAUGAAACGCAUGUCAACCAAACACCAGAGGAAUAAUGUAGGAAGGCCAGCCAGUCGAUCUAAUUUGAAAGAAAAAAUGAAUGCACCAAAUCAGCCUCCACUUAAAGACACUGGCAGAGCAGUGGAGAGUGUGGAAGAAUACAGCUAUAAGCAGGAGAAGAAGAUUCGAGCCACUCUUAGAACAACGGAGCGUGAUCAUAAGAAAAAUGUACAGUGCUCAUUCAUGUUAGACUCAGUGGGUGGGUCUUUGCCAAAAAAAUCAAUUCCAGAUGUGGAUCUCAAUAAGCCUUACCUCAGCCUUGGCUGUAGCAAUGCUAAGCUUCCGGUCUCUGUGCCCAUGCCCAUAGCCAGACCUGCACGCCAGACUUCUAGGACUGACUGUCCUGCAGAUCGUUUGAAGUUUUUUGAAACGUUACGACUUUUGUUAAAGCUUACCUCAGUCUCAAAGAAGAAGGACAGGGAGCAAAGAGGACAAGAAAAUACAUCUGCUUUCUGGUUUAACAGAUCAAAUGAACUAAUCUGGUUAGAGCUCCAAGCCUGGCAUGCAGGCCGGACCAUUAAUGACCAGGACCUCUUUCUAUAUACAGCUCGCCAAGCCAUCCCAGAUAUUAUCAACGAAAUCCUUACCUUCAAAGUUAAUUAUGCAAGCAUUGCCUUCGUCAGAAAUGGAGCUAGUUUCAAUGGUACUUUAAUAGAAGGGCAGGGCAGGGCCCUUCAUGGAGCACAGAGUGUGGGUUACUCAACAUAUCAUGAGCAUCUCCAACGCCAGAGGGUCUCAUUUGAACAGGUAAAACGGAUAAUGGAGCUGCUAGAGUACAUAGAAGCACUUUAUCCCUCACUGCAGGCUCUCCAAAAGGACUAUGAAAAAUACGCUGCAAAAGACUUCCAGGACCGGGUGCAGGCACUCUGUCUGUGGUUAAACAUCACAAAAGACUUAAACCAGAAGUUAAGGAUUAUGGGCACUGUUUUGGGCAUCAAGAAUUUAUCAGACAUUGGCUGGCCAGUGUUUGAAAUCCCUUCCCCUCGACCAUCCAAAGGCAAUGAACCAGAAGAUGAGGGUGAUGACACAGAGGGAGAGUUGAAGGAGCUGGAAAGUAGUACCGAUGAGAGUGAAGAAGAGCAAACCUCCGAUGCAAGGGCCCUAGAACUCAGGCUAUCUGUCAACCAUGGUUUUGACACCCAGUCACAGGACUGCGGAUCCAGGAAGCUUGAGAGGCUGGAAUCUGAGGAGGAGUCUGUGUGCUGGGGAGCAGCAGACUGCAGCACCGAAGCAGGCUUCAGCAGGCAUUGUCUGACUUCUAUUUAUAGGCCAUUUGUAGACAAAGCACUGAAGCAGAUGGGGUUAAGGAAGUUAAUUCUAAGACUUCACAAGCUAAUGGAUGGCUCCUUGCAAAGGGCACGUGUAGCCCUGGUAAAAAGUGAUUGUCCAGUGGAGUUUUCUGAAUUUCCAGAUCCCAUGUGGGGCUCAGAUUAUGUACAGUUGUCUAGGACGUCUCCUUCUCCGGAGCAGAAGUGCAGCGCUGUGUCCUGGGAGGAGCUGAAGGCCAUGGACUUGCCGUCCUUCGAACCUGCCUUCCUCGUGCUCUGCCGGGUCCUGCUGAACGUCAUACACGAGUGUCUGAAGCUGCGACUGGAGCAAAGGCCUGCGGGAGAGCCAUCUCUCUUGAGUAUCAAGCAGCUGGUGAGAGAGUGCAAAGAGGUCCUAAAGGGUGGCCUUUUGAUGAAGCAGUACUACCAGUUCAUGCUGCAGGAGGUUCUAGACGACCUGGAGAAGCCUGACUGCAACAUCGAUGCUUUUGAAGAGGACCUGCAUAAGAUGUUAAUGGUAUAUUUUGAUUACAUGAGAAGCUGGAUCCAAAUGCUACAGCAAUUACCUCAAGCAUCCCAUAGUUUAAAAAAUCUGUUAGAAGAAGAAUGGAAUUUCACCAAAGAAAUAACUCACUACAUACGGGGAGGAGAAGCACAGGCUGGAAAACUUUUCUGUGACAUUGCAGGGAUGCUGCUGAAGUCCACCGGAAGCUUUCUAGAGUUUGGGCUGCAGGAGAGCUGCACGGAGUUCUGGAGCAGUGCUGAUGACAGCAGUGCAUCAGAUGAGAUAAGGCGAUCGGUCAUAGAGAUCAGCCGGGCCCUCAAAGAGCUCUUCCAUGAAGCCAGGGAAAGAGCCUCGAAAGCACUGGGAUUUGCUAAGAUGCUGAGAAAGGACUUGGAGAUAGCAGCAGAAUUUAUACUCUCAGCCCCUGUUAGAGAUCUCCUGGAUGUUCUGAAAGCAAAACAGUACCUAAAGGUACAGAUUCCUGGGUUAGAAAACUUGCACGUGUUUGUUCCAGACACCCUUGCUGAGGAAAAGGGUAUUAUUUUGCAGUUACUCAAUGCUGCUGCAGGAAAGGACUGCUCAAAAGAUCCAUAUGAUUUGCUUCUUGAUGCCUAUCUGCUUGUGACCAAGCACGGGGACCGAGCCCGUGACUCAGAUGAUGGAUGGAGCACAUGGGAAGCCCAGCCCAUCAAAAUCAUGCCUCAGGUGGAGACUGUGGAUACCCUGAGAAGCAUGCAGCUGGAUAAUCUUCUACUAGUUGUCAUGCAGUCUGCUCAUCUCACAAUUCAUAGAAAAACCUUCCAGCAGUCCAUUGAGGGACUGAUGACUCUGCGUCAUGAACAGACAUCCAGUCAGCCAGUCAUCGCUAAAGCUUUGCAGCAGCUCAAGAAUGAUGCGCUUGAGCUCUGCAACAGAAUAAGUGAUGCCAUUGACCGAGUGGACCACAUGUUCACGUCAGAAUUUGAUGCUGAAGUUGAUGAAUCUGAAUCUGCCACGCUACAGCAAUACUACCGUGAAGCCAUGAUUCAAGGGUACAAUUUUGGGUUCGAAUAUCAUAAAGAAGUUGUUCGUUUGAUGUCUGGAGAGUUUAGACAGAAGAUAGGAGACAAAUACAUAAGUUUUGCCCGGAAGUGGAUGAAUUACGUCCUGACCAAGUGUGAGAGUGGUAGAGGAACACGACCCAGGUGGGCAACUCAAGGAUUUGAUUUUCUACAAGCCAUCGAGCCUGCCUUUAUUUCAGCCUUACCAGAAGAUGACUUCUUGAGCUUACAAGCGUUGAUGAAUGAGUGCAUUGGCCAUGUCAUAGGAAAGCCGCACAGUCCCGUCACAGCCAUUCAUCGGAACAGCCCUCGUCCUGUGAAGGUGCCUCGAUGCCACAGUGACCCUCCUAACCCACAUCUCAUUAUCCCAGCUCCAGAGGGAUUCAGCACUCGGAGCGUGCCUUCCGACGCUCGGAGCCAGGGCAGCCCUGCUGCUGCUGCUGCUGCCGCUGCCACUGCCACCGCCGCCACCACCUCCGGCCGCCCUGGCCCCUAUGGUGGUGACUUUGUGCCGCCCAAACCCAUCAGCAGUGCCCCUGAUACCAGAGGUUCCAGCGUCCCUGAAAAUGAUCGGUUGGCUUCCAUUGCUGCUGAGUUGCAGUUCAGGUCACUGAGUCGGCACUCAAGCCCCACAGAGGAGCGUGAUGAACCAGCAUAUCCAAGAAGUGAUUCAGGUGGGUCAACACGAAGAAGUUGGGAACUUCGGACACUUAUUAGCCAGACCAAAGACACUGCUUCCAAGCAAGGACCCAUGGAAGCCAUCCAGAAGUCAGUCCGACUGUUUGAGGAAAAGAGGUAUCGUGAAAUGAGGAGAAAGAAUAUCAUCGGCCAAGUGUGUGAUACCCCCAAGUCCUAUGAUAACAUCAUGCACGUUGGCUUGAGGAAAGUGACCUUUAAGUGGCAAAGAGGGAACAAAAUCGGAGAAGGACAGUACGGGAAGGUCUACACCUGCAUCAGUGUCGACACCGGGGAGCUGAUGGCCAUGAAGGAGAUUCGAUUUCAACCUAAUGACCAUAAAACUAUCAAGGAAACUGCAGAUGAACUGAAAAUAUUUGAAGGCAUCAAACACCCCAAUCUGGUUCGGUAUUUUGGUGUGGAGCUUCAUAGAGAAGAGAUGUACAUCUUCAUGGAGUACUGUGACGAGGGCACAUUGGAGGAGGUGUCAAGGCUGGGGCUCCAGGAACACGUCAUCAGGCUGUACUCCAAGCAGAUCACCAUUGCCAUCAAUGUCCUGCACGAGCACGGCAUCGUUCACCGCGACAUCAAAGGUGCCAAUAUCUUCCUGACUUCAUCUGGACUAAUUAAACUGGGGGAUUUUGGAUGCUCAGUAAAGCUUAAGAAUAAUGCCCAGACUAUGCCUGGAGAAGUGAACAGCACCCUGGGGACAGCAGCUUACAUGGCGCCUGAAGUGAUUACCCGUGCUAAAGGAGAAGGCCAUGGGCGAGCAGCAGACAUCUGGAGUCUGGGGUGUGUGGUCAUAGAGAUGGUGACUGGCAAGAGACCGUGGCAUGAGUAUGAACACAACUUUCAAAUCAUGUACAAGGUGGGGAUGGGACAUAAGCCGCCGGUCCCCGAAAGACUGAGCCCUGAGGGGAAGGGCUUCCUUGCCCACUGCCUGGAAAGUGACCCAAAGCUGAGGUGGACGGCCAGCCAGCUCCUCGACCACUCUUUUGUCAAGGUUUGCACAGAUGAAGAGUGAAGCUAACCAGUCCAUGGCCUACUAGUGUAUGGACUUGGAAAAUCCCCUAAAUCACUACUGUAUGUAAUAUUUACAUAAAGACUGCUGGGAAGCAGCAUAGCCUUUUUAACCUUCCAAGACUGAAGACUGCACAGGUGACAAGUGUCACUUUUCCUGCUGCUCCUGUUGUCUGACGCGGCACAGGGCCCUCCUGAGUGAUGGUGUCCAUGAGGUUAAAGAAGCUGCAUGUUAAGUGCCGUUACUACUGUACAUGGACCAUCGCCUCUGUCUCCUCUGUUUCUCGUGUGACUGAGAACCAUGACAUCAGUGUAGUGUUUUUGAGCUUCCUGGGUUCAAAAGAAGUUGUAGUGUUAUCAGGUGUCCUGGACCUUGUUUUUAAUCUCCUGUUUGUCGAGUGCACUGACUGUGAAACUUUCUUUUUUGUUAUUGUUGGCAAGCUGCAGGUUUGUUAUGCAAAAGGUUGUUUAGUGAAAUUCAAGAAAAGGUUCUUUUUUCAAUAAAUGGUUUAUUUUAGGAAAGAUAAGUUCUAUUGUCUUUUAAUGGUUCCCAGCUGAAGAGACAGCAGUCAGGAUGCAGAGGUCUGUCCUUCCUACUUCUUGCUCCUCAGCAGAAGCAAUCUACUGGGUUUGCUCAGUGGGGCACUGUGCCAGGUUCUCCUUUAGGAUCUAGGGUCUCCUUGUUGACAAUGGAGGACAUAGGUGUAACAACACUAAUGUAUAAGAUCCCCCUUUUUCUGUUAUUUUCUGUUAACCAGCAAAUUUGUAAGAGACGAAAGCUCAAGCCUUGUUAUCACAUGUGGGGGCUCCAUUUAUUUUUAAACCAAGAUGUGUAGGUGCUAGGUCAGUGUAGUAUUGCUGAAGAGCUCUUGAUAAGAAAACCUCUGUUUCAGAAUGUAAACUGAAUUUCAGCAGUUAGUGGCCUAAACUAGCCAAAUUAUAUGUCAUUGAUGGUGUUCUUUAUUUCUUUUUGCUAUUAAAUUUUUUAAAAGAUUGACCUUAAAGCUUCCUGAAAUCUUUUUAGAUCAUUGAUUUGAAUCACUUCUCAAGCAGGCUCUGAAUCACCUCCCUCCAGCAUAGUUGAUCAUUUCAGCCAGGAAGUUAAUGUCUGGAGAGUGUUGGCAUCACAGAAGGAUUUAUACAAACACUUAGAAUUUUAUUUAAAUUUAAGAUGUUUUUUCAUAGCCUUUGAGAUGUAGUUUGCAUAAUAUUUUAAAGGUACAAUUAAGCAGUUUCUUGCUGUAGUUGCACAGCCAUCAUCACCAUCAUUGUCAUCAUCUCAUUUUAGCACCUUUCUAUCUCCCCAAAAUGAAACCUCAGACUCACUUAUAGUUGCUCCCCAUUCUUACCCCCAUCUGUAGGCAACCACUGAGCUACUUCGUAACUGUGAAUCUUCCUAUUCUGGGGAUUUCAUAUCAGUAGGGUCUUAACACUGUGUGGUCUUUUCAUA